AUGUCAACUAAAGAUCUGUUUGAGCUUUACAGUGAACCUGUACCCGCUGCUCCUUCGAGCAAGAAAAAAGGGAGUAGGCCACACCGAGGUGAAAGCAAUAAGAACCAUCCAAAGAAAAAGGCUCGGACCAGGGAUCCUCCAGUGCCAAUUCCUUCUCGGGAAACCACACCUCCUCCGGCCCCCCUUGACCAGACGUCUCCCUCAGCCCCCGUCGAUCAGACCCCUCCUCCAGCACCUACCGACCAGACACCUCCUGAUCAAACAAGAGAUGCCUUGAUGAACAUCGUGCUCAGCUUGGCCAAAGAGAGGAUGACUAAACUAUCGAGGCAUCGGCACAACCGAGAGGCCAUCGUUGGUACCGACUCCAUGGAGGUCGACCAGAUAAUUAGUCACGCGCUGAAUGAAAUAGCCAGUGGAAUGCUAACUAUGACCGCCAGAUGGCAUCGCUCGGGAGCCCUGACUGCGCAAUAUGAGAAGAGACUUGGCGAGCAGCUUAAGGCGUCCGAGGAUAGACACGCUAAGGAACUUAAUGCGUCCGAGGCCAGACACGCUGAGGAGCUUAAGAUGGCUGGGGCAAAAUACACCGAGCAGCUUGAGGUAGCCAAGAAGAAAAAUGCUGAGUUGCUCGAACAGAAGACCAAGCUGGCCGAAAAGCUGAAACAGCACCAGGCUACUUUGAUGAAAGUCGUUGAAACAAAAGAGAUUGCACCUUUCGAUAUUGAGUUUUCAGUGACACACAAGGAACUUGACUUCUCUCAUUUGCUGGAUCAUUUAAGACGGCUACUUAGAGGUCAAGCCUCUCUAUUUGAUUGGUCUAGAUCUUCUUCCCUGGCGAGGACCUUAUCACCCAGAGUUUUGGAAAGUCAAAUAGAUGCUAAGAAGGAACUGGAGAAAAGUCUGAAGGCCACUUGUGAGGAAUUCAUCAUGUCUGUCACUAAGCUAGUUGCUAAUGGAAUGCUAGCAUAUUUUGUGACACUGACCACCUAUUUUGGCCUUUGGUGGUUUGGCAUAUUCAAUCCUUCAACUGUUUAUGAUCAUUUGGGAGAAAUAUAUUCUGCCCUUAUUUUCGGAAGCUUGGUUUUUUGCAUUUUAUUAUACAUAAAAGGCCAUGUGGCACCGUCUUCCACUGAUUCUGGCUCGUCUAGGAACAUCAUAAUUGAUUUCUAUUGGGGUAUGGAACUCUAUCCUCGCAUUGGUAAAAACUUCGACAUUAAAGUUUUUACAAAUUGCAGAUUUGGAAUGAUGUCUUGGGCAGUUCCAGCUGUAACCUAUUGCAUAAAGCAGUAUGAAGUGAACGGCAAAGUGGCUGAUUCAAUGCUUGUUAAUACCAUAUUGAUGCUGGUGUAUGUUACUAAGUUUUUUUGGUGGGAAGCUGGAUACUGGAGCACAAUGGAUAUUGCACAUGAUCGAGCUGGUUUUUAUAUUUUCUGGGGAUGCCUUGUAUGGGUGCCUUCUAUAUAUACUUCUCCUGGCAUGUACCUGGUCAAUCAUCCUGUACACCUUGGAACUCAGUUGGCACUCUACAUCCUAGUAGCAGGCAUUCUUUGCAUAUACAUCAACUACGACUGUGAUAGGCAAAGGCAAGAGUUUCGCAGAACAAAUGGGAAAGGUUUGGUUUGGGGUAAAGCUCCAUCAAAGAUAACUGCCACUUACACUACCACAACUGGGGAAACAAAAAGCAGCAUUCUUUUAACUUCGGGAUGGUGGGGAUUAGCUCGACAUUUCCACUAUGUCCCAGAAAUAUUAGCUGCAUUUUUCUGGACUGUUCCAGCUCUUUUUAACCACGCUUUACCCUACUUUUAUGUGGUGUUUCUUACAAUCCUUCUCCUCGACCGGGCGAAAAGGGAUGAUGAUCGGUGCCGAUCCAAGUAUGGAAAAUACUGGAAAUCGUACUGCGAGAAGGUUCGGUACAGGGUCAUCCCCGGAAUUUACUGAGAAAAUGUUGCACAAGUGUUUGUUCUAUGUUGAGAAUGGCAUGUAUAUUCAGCCUUUCCAAAUUAAAUGAUGGCAGGCUGGUAUCAUGUUGUUGUUAUUGUUGUUUUUGUAAUGGUCAACUUUAUGGAUGUUGUAUUUCUCUCAUCUUCAAUGACCAAAAACUUUUCUUGUUUAGGAAAA